UACCUUCACUGACGGGCGCCCGUACCUCAAGCACUACCAAUCUGUCAUCAUCAAUUAAUAUAUGGAAUUUUGCACAUUUAUAAUACUUAGCUUUGCCAAAAACUUCAAAUUUUGCUCCAUAGCUAGAAAGUGGUGGUGAUUUCAGUUUUGUCAGCAAAAAUGGUCGCAAUUUACAAGAUGCUGGACAUUGCAUUGCCCAUAUUAUCACCGAUCUUGAUCUCCAUCUAUGCUACUUUUCUUGUCUUCAAGCUCAUUAUUCAUGUAAAAAAAAUGGUAUGCCCUGAAAACUUAGCAAUGAAAGUAGUUCUAAUCACUGGAGCAGCCUCAGGGAUUGGCGAGCAACUAGCUUAUGAGUAUGCUAGGCGAGGAGCAAAGUUAUCUCUGGUUGACAUUAGAGAGGAAAAUCUUGAAGCAGUGGCUAAUAAGGCCAAGUCUCUGGGUUCCCCUGAUGUUACCAUCAUUUGUGCAGAUGUAUCCAAGGAUCAAGAUUGCAAGCGCUUUGUCGAUCAAACGGUGAAUCACUUUGGAAGAUUGGAUCAUCUGGUAAAUAAUGCUGGAGUUGGUGGAACUGCUCCUGCGAGGGUGGAGAAUAGCCAUGAUGUGAUUUCUGAAUGCAUUCCAAUUAUGGACAUAAAUUUCUGGGGAGCAGUUUAUGGCACUUUACAUGCGAUUCCACAUCUCAAAAACAGCAAAGGCAAGAUCGUAGUGAUUGCUUCAGGUUGUGGCUGGUUCCCACUUCCAAGACUCAGCUACUAUAAUGCAAGCAAGGCUGCAGUGAUAAAUUUCUUUGAGACAUUGAGAAUUGAACUUGGUUGUUCUGUUGGCAUAACAAUCGCCACUCCUGGUUUUGUCAAAACAAACCUGGCAUUGAGGGCCAUGAAAUAUGAGGCAAGUUUGAGAAGGAUUCCAAUGGGGUCAGCAUUUGAAUGUGCUGAAGCCAUAGUGAAAAGUGCAUGCAGGGGAGACAUGUAUGUGACAAACCCUUCAUGGGUCAAAACUAUGUUUCUUUGGAAAGUGCUUUAUCCUGAGAUAGUGGACUGGGCCAGCCACUUGUUAUUUGGGCUUUCCUCUAACACAUCUAGCAAGAAGGACAAUGUGCAUUUGCCAAGGGACCCAGAGAUUAAGGCUGAAUAAAAUGUUUAAUUUGUUAUUUGUGGUGCUUGCUUUGUUCAUUUGGAUGCAUUGGUUGUAUACCAAAAUAAUGUGGUGAAUUAGCAUA